GGCGGCGUCCAUGCGUGGCAGAGUCGGAGAGGAUUCCGUGUACCACCCGCGAGAUGGUUUCCACAUAAUAUUCGCCCUUUUACUCGUCUCAGCGCGUUGUCUAGCGGAUGAUAGUAUUAGAGUUUCUAGACCUCGCGGCGUCGCACUUAAACAUGCGUCUUUAUACGACCGCACGAGAAAUUUCACAUGCUUCGACGGCAAGAGGGACGUCGAGUUUUUUAUGGUGAACGACGACUAUUGCGACUGCGAUGACGGCUCAGACGAGCCAGGCACAUCGGCCUGCACCAAUGGCAAGUUCCACUGUGACAACUUGGGUCACAAGGGCCAGGACAUUCCUUCAUCCUGGGUGAACGACGGCAUUUGCGACUGCUGUGACGGCAGCGACGAAUAUGCAACCACGGUUGGCUGCGUCAACAACUGCCUCGAGCUUGGGCGCCAGGCACGUGAGGAGGAAGCGAAGAUGCGCGAGCUGCUCUCACGAGGUCUACAGCUGCAGAAGGAGAUGGCCAACAAGGGCAAGGAACACCGACAGUAUUGCAAGAACAAGCUCGAGGAGCUGCGUGUGAGCGUGGAGGAAGCACGCAAAUCACGUGAUGCCCUCGAAGCUGUGAAGAACCAGGCGAUGGAAGCCGAGACUAAAGCGCUUCAGAAGUACAAGGAUGCUGAUGCUGAGCGUAAACGAGAACAGGAGGAACUGGAGAUGCAGCGCCACCUGGAAGAAGAAAAAGAGCGUGCCCGUGAGGCCUUCACCGAGCUGGACUUGGAUGGUAAUGGCAUGCUCACCGUUGAGGAACUGCAGAAGAACAUCAUCUUCGACCAAAACCGAGACGGCGCUGUGUCCGUGGAGGAGGCCAAGUUCUUCUUGCACAUGAAGGACGAAAUGGGCCUGGAGGAGUUCUCGACCACAGGCUGGAUGAUCAUGAAGCCGAUCUAUACCUGCGAGCAAGUGCAGCAAGUUCCGAGUAGGAUGCCUCCUGCUGUAGAAACAACGCCGCCGCCACUUCCACCACCUGGCGAUGAGCUUCCACCCACCACCACCGAAACCACACCCGUGCCUUCAUCCAAGGAGGAAGACGAAGGAGAAGGAGAGGACCUUUCUGAGGAGCAGAUGGAUGAAGGAGAGGAGGAAGAGGACGACGUGGAGCCACCCAAGUUCCCACCCAAGGAGGAAGAGGACAGCUCGACGGACACGGCCUCCACAGACACAACCCAAUACGACGAGGAGACCAAGCAGCUCAUCGAAGCUGCCAAGAAAGCACGAGAUGAGUAUACUGAAGCUGACUCCAAUGUCAGAAAACUCGAGUCUGAAAUCAAGACAUUAGAGCAGUCCCUUGACACGGACUACGGCCCCGACGAUGAAUUUGCGGCCCUGCGUGACCAGUGCUUCGAGUACAGUGACCGGGAGUAUACUUACAAGCUGUGUCCUUUUGACAAGACGUCGCAGGAGCCCAAGGCUGGAGGGUCCGAACCAGUGAAAUUAAUAGUGUUGGAGCUUUCAGGACGUUGGGGAAGCUGGCAUGGGCCAGACAAUAACAAGUACAGCGUCAUGAAGUACGAGGGCGGUGCGACCUGCUGGAAUGGGCCCGCAAGAUCUGUCGUGGUUGACCUUCACUGUGGCCUGGAAAACCAGCUGACGUCGGCCUCGGAGCCGAACCGGUGCGAAUACCACUUUGACUUCAGCACUCCGGCAGCAUGUUCCCAACCGGCUGCCGACACGCCUACAGAGUCACACGUCCACGAAGAACUCUAAUGGAUCUUCGUUAUUACGUUUCACGGUCUUUAGGGGGUUGGGGCAUCCAUGUUAGACCAUUCCAGAGGGGACCGAAUAAAUGCAUCUCACCAGUGGUGGGCACAUGGAUGCAACCAAGGAGGGAGAGAGAGACGUUGCAUUGCGCACAGUGUUGUUGUGAUGUGGUGUGCGUUGAUGGCCUGCACAGCAUUGAGCUUUGCAAAGAGAAGUGAUUUCGUGGCUGUCGGUCUCUGUCUUCUCUGGCCUUUCUUACAUUUGUCUGAGGGCCUGUGUCAACCUUCACUUCUUUCCCUGGCCACUUUGUCUACAAGCCAGUGAAAGUAUUUCGCUGUUGAACCAACACUGACCUUUUGUCCUUUAUUCUUCAUGUUUUUGCUUUGUUUAUUUUUAUCUACCGUAUAAAACCAUAUAAAAUAAAGGCAUGUGAUAAUGCUUUCUUUUAAA